GUCCCCCUCCUGACUCCUGCAGAUACUCUUCACGUGAACCGUGAUCAUGAUCUCUACCGUGUUGGUGAGUCUGUGCGUGUUGGGCGUGUCACUGGGAUUCCCUCAGCGCCUUGAUGGCGGUAGGGACAACCGUGGUCACGUGAAAAUCCUAUCGGACCAGAGAGCCCAAGACGUGGGAGGUCAAUACCAGUUCGCCGUGCAGCAGGAGGAUGGGACCCAGUUCAACGAAGUUUCCGACGGCGACAUCCGCAAGGGAUUCUACGAGUACGUCGACGCCACCGGCCAGAAGCAACGCGUGGAAUAUGAGGCCGGCAAAGGGAUCGGGUUCAGAAUCGUGAAGGGGACCAAUCUGCCGACUGGCUUUGCUCUGCCAGAUCCCGUUUCUUCCACUGACAACGAGGACAGCGUCUCCCAGUUUCAGCCUCAGGUACCUUUACUUUCAACUCGCCGAGAUGAGGCUCUUCGGCUCCAUCAGCAACAAGAGGACCUGGUGAUUAAGCAGCAACAGGAAUUCAUCCGUCAGCACAAUCUUCCUCUUGAAGGACAGGAACCACCGCAGCGUCAACCGUCCCUGCAGCGAUUCCAGUCUCAACCUCAAUUCCAGUCUCAACCCCAAUUCCAGGCUCAACCUCAAUUCCAGGCUGCACCUCAAUUCCAGGCUGCUCCUCAAUUCCAGGCUACACCUCAAUUCCAGGCUCAGCCUCAAUUCCAGUCUCUGCCUCGAUUCCGCUCCCAGUUUCAACCGCAGUUCCAGAAUGAGUUCCAACCACAGUUUCACUCACAGCCGACCCCGGCUCCCAGCAGGUUUUUCCCACCCGGUCAGCUGAAGCUCCAGCGAACAGGUGGAGGCUUCCAGUACACGUUCCAGUCUCAGUGAUUUCAUCAUGUGAAUGAACUAUUGCACGAAAAAAAUGCUCAGUCUCAUGCUAGGAAAAAGAACAAAAGUAGAAGUAAUUCGAUGUGAGAACGCUCGGGCAGUUCCCUCUGUCGCCCGGAAAUGUGAUAGUGAAAAAGGUAAAAGUAUUUGCUUGACAGUAUCCUCAAGUCCGUUGCUCCAUUCACCCCAUUGAUCAACACUUGAAAACAAGAGUGCAGCCAUAUUCUCUAAUUAAUAGUGAUCACAUACAGCAGAAUUGGAAUAAAGCAUGGAUUCUUUUUUGUGAAGAUACAUGGAAUGGAAUAAAGGCUUUCUUCCCUG